AGCCAUCGAAGACCAGUGGCAAGACAAAAGUCAAAACAAUUCACAAUGGCUUGGGAUGCAGUGGAGACCUUGGCUUCUUCCAUGUCUGGCCAAAUUCUAAGCGUGUCCUAAUGGUCUGCUUCAGCUUGCCCACCUACAUGGCCAUUGGAACAGAUUGUUCUCAUCCUCUCCAUCCAUUGCAGGAGAUUUCAUCAAAUGUCUGGGAUAGAUAUCUCCCUAACUCAGCUUUGAGGCCUAUCAGUUACCCUCAACCUGGUUUAGCCCACCUGCUCAGAUGGUUUACUGAGGAGUGCUCCUCCAGUUUCUUGAGUCACAGGUGAGAGCUGGGUGGCAGAUGGACACCAGAAGAGGAACGCAGCCCUGAAAAGGGCCCAACUGGAACACCUUACAUAUCUCAAUCUACAAGCAGCUAGGUGACAUAGUAGAUAAGAGUGCUGGACCUGAAAUCAAGAAGAUCUGAGUUCAGAUGUGGCAUCAGACAUUUAUUAGCUCUGUGAGCCUGAACAAUUUGCUUCAGUUUCCUCAUUUGGAAAAUGAACUGGGGGGAAAAAAAAAGACAAAUCACUCUAGCAACUUCCCUAGUAAGAAUGGCAUGAAAUACAUAAGCAAUAAUACCCUUGCCAAUAUUAUUUGCAAGUGACAUGGAAGAUGUUUAAUGCCAAUUCCAGUUGGAAAAGGAGUAUCUUAUAGAUGAUGGGAUUCUCCAAAUGCUUCUGUUUAUAGCUCACAUUUUGCUGAUUGGAUGAAAGCCUGGAGCAUUAAAAGCCUACUAAAUGAGACCUGUAAUAUCACAGAAGAGAUAAAACAAGUUGUCCCUUCAGGAAAAACCAAGUGGAUGAACAAUGCCUAUUGUCCAAAGUAUGAUAUACAAUUAGAUGGUCAUCCCAUUAGAAUAAAGGCUCACUACAGUUUGAAGAUAAAUGGGAUUUUAUGCGUCCUAUUGUUCUGAAGCUUUUACGCCAGGAAUCUGUAACAAAACAGCAGUGGUUUGAUUUGUUUUCGGAUGUCCAUGCAGUUUGUCUGUGGGAUGAUAAAGGCCCAGCAAAAAUCCAUCAGGCUUUGAAAGAAGAUAUACUUGACUUUAUUAAACAAGCACAGGCAAGAGUACUGAGCCAUCAGGAUGAUACAGCAUUGCUAAAAGCUUAUAUUGUAGAGUGGAGAAAAUUUUUUACUCAGUGUGAUAUCUUACCUAAACCAUUCUGUCAGCUAGAGAUUACAUUAAUGGGUAAACAGGGCAGUAACAAAAAAUCGAAUGUGGAAGACAGUAUUGUUAGAAAGCUAAUGCUUGAUACAUGGAAUGAAUCAAUCUUUUCAAAUAUAAAGAAUAGACUCCAGGAUAGUGCAAUGAAGCUGGUUCAUGCAGAGAGACUGGGAGAAGCUUUUGAUUCUCAAUUGGUGAUUGGAGUAAGAGAAUCCUAUGUUAAUCUCUGUUCAAAUCCUGAGGAUAAGCUUCAAAUUUAUCGAGACAAUUUUGAAAAGGCAUACUUGGAUUCUACAGAAAGAUUUUAUAGAACACAGGCUCCUUCUUAUUUACAACAAAAUGGUGUACAGAACUAUAUGAAAUAUGCAGAUGCUAAAUUAAAAGAAGAAGAAAAAAGAGCACUGCGGUAUUUAGAAACGAGGCGAGAAUGUAAUUCUGUAGAAGCACUCAUGGAAUGCUGUGUAAAUGCCCUGGUGACAUCAUUUAAAGAGACAAUUUUAGCAGAGUGCCAAGGCAUGAUAAAGCGAAAUGAAACUGAAAAGCUACACUUAAUGUUUUCUUUAAUGGACAAAGUUCCUAAUGGAAUAGAGCCAAUGUUGAAAGAUUUAGAAGAACAUAUAGUGAGUGCUGGCCUAGCAGAUAUGGUAGCAGCUGCUGAAACUAUUACUACUGAUUCUGAAAAAUAUGUUGAACAGUUACUUACACUAUUUAAUCGAUUUAGUAAACUUGUCAAAGAAGCAUUUCAAGAUGAUCCACGAUUUCUUACUGCAAGAGAUAAGGCAUACAAAGCUGUUGUGAAUGAUGCUACAAUUUUUAAACUUGAAUUACCAUUAAAGCAGAAAGGGGUUGGAUUAAAAACACAACCUGAAUCAAAAUGCCCUGAACUCCUUGCCAAUUACUGUGACAUGUUGCUAAGAAAAACACCACUAAGCAAAAAGCUAACCUCUGAAGAAAUUGAAGCCAAACUUAAAGAAGUGCUCUUGGUACUUAAAUAUGUGCAAAACAAAGAUGUUUUUAUGAGAUAUCACAAAGCUCACUUAACACGGCGUCUGAUUCUGGAUAUCUCCGCUGACAGUGAAAUUGAAGAGAAUAUGGUAGAAUGGCUAAGAGAAGUGGGCAUGCCGGCAGAUUAUGUAAACAAGCUUGCUAGGAUGUUCCAGGACAUUAAAGUGUCAGAAGAUUUGAACCAAGCUUUUAAGGAAAUGCACAAGAAUAAUAAACUGGCUUUACCAGCUGACUCAGUGAAUAUUAAAAUUCUGAAUGCUGGUGCCUGGUCCAGAAGCUCUGAAAAAGUAUUUGUUUCCCUUCCCACUGAGCUAGAGGAUUUGAUCCCUGAAGUAGAAGAAUUCUACAAAAAAAAUCACAGUGGCAGAAAAUUACAUUGGCACCAUCUCAUGUCAAAUGGAAUUAUAACAUUUAAGAAUGAAGUUGGGCAGUAUGACUUAGAGGUAACAACAUUUCAACUGGCUGUACUAUUUGCUUGGAACCAAAGACCAAGGGAAAAGAUCAGUUUUGAAAACCUUAAGCUAGCAACUGAACUUCCAGAUGCUGAACUUAGAAGAACUUUAUGGUCUCUUGUAGCUUUUCCAAAGCUCAAACGACAAGUUUUAUUGUAUGAACCACAAGUCAUCUCACCCAAAGACUUUACAGAAGGGACCCUCUUCUCAGUGAACCAGGAAUUCAGUUUAAUAAAAAAUGCAAAAGUUCAGAAAAGGGGUAAGAUUAACUUGAUUGGGCGGUUGCAACUCACCACUGAAAGAAUGAGAGAAGAGGAGAAUGAAGGAAUAGUUCAGCUAAGAAUAUUAAGAACCCAGGAGGCUAUCAUCCAAAUAAUGAAAAUGAGAAAGAAAAUUAGUAAUGCUCAACUACAGACUGAACUAGUAGAAAUUUUGAAAAAUAUGUUCUUACCACAAAAGAAAAUGAUAAAAGAGCAAAUUGAAUGGCUUAUAGAGCACAAAUAUAUCAGAAGAGAUGAGUCAGAUAUCAACACUUUCAUAUACAUGGCAUAAUUUUGAAGACUGUGGAAGAUAUGGAAAAACCAGAUGGUGGUGUGCUUGGGCAGACGGUUGCAACAGUGUGUGCUGGAACUCAUUUGGACUUUUAUUACAUAAAUAUCAAAAUUCCUGCCUUACCUUACAAAAGGACUAUAUUUUGCCAAUUCAUCAAUUAGCAUGAUGGCACUCCCUUCAUGUUGCACACUUUUAACAGCAUGCUGUUUUUUGGGGAAACUUGCAUUCAUGAAGAGCCCAUUGUGAGCUUUUAAAAUUUGAUUUCUUUUAUACCCACCAGGAAAAUUACAGGUUCUUAGGAGUGGAAGGUGGGGGAGGUACUGGGGAAGGAUAUUCUUUUUUUUCUUCCUUUUUCUUCCUUUUUUAUUUAAAAGAUAAACAGUACUUGCACAAGGAAUGGUCUUCGAAUAUUCAUGCACUGAAGAACUGCUGGCUGUUUUGUUUUUUAAAUGCAAGUAGUCCUAGAAAUAGCACUUUCAGUUAUUUGUGAUCCACAGAGUUAUGUACUGUCUACCUUUGGUGAACUGUUUUGUAUAACAUUGGGAGAGACAUACAUCACAGUUGAAAAGAUAACUCUUUGUUACAAUAUUCACUUGUUGGCUCAAACAGUGCUUCAGUAUGUAGUAACUGGAUCUUAAUGAUACACGGGUGAUGUAAAUUAUUUCCAUCUUUUAAAUCUUGGCUUCCUUUAAGAGGGAGAUCAUCUCUUCCUUGUUUGCUGUAAUGUGGCAUGGAUAUUUUUAUCUAUUUGGCCAAGUAGUUUAACAUAUCCUUUUGAAGAAAUAAAUGAAAUAGUUGCUUCAUUUGUUUAAAAAAAUAUUGUUACACAGUUAAUUUUCAAGGCCUGCAGUAGUAAAAUGAACAUAUGUUAAAUGUGUUUGGUGGUACAUUUAAGAUUUGUGAUCCAAAUAUCUGCUACAUAUAAUUAAUAUUUAUGUUUCAGAUAUCUGAUAAGUGCAUUAAGAACAAUACAAAAACUCCUACUUGGAAUGUGACACAUUUACAUGAGUGAUUUUCUCAUUUUUAUACUACUAACAUUAAAAACAAUACAAAAACUCCUGCUUGGAAUGGGACACAUUUACAUUAUUGAUUUUCUCAUUUUUAUAUGACUAACGUUUCAUUUUUUUACAGCCCCAAAUAAAUUUCCGGGGAGGAAAGGAUACAAGGAAGCUACUUUUUUUUAAGAGACCUAUAAAUCACCUUGAAGUGGGAGAUAUAAGAAGUAUCAUCAUAAGAUGACCUAUAAACAAAUAAGCAUAAUUGAUACAACCUUAGAAUGAGCAGCAAACUUGCCAAAUAUAUAGGCUUACAUAUGAACAAUUAGCAUUUUUAAUAUGUUCCAAUGGCAACAAUUACCUUGUUUCUUUCUGUCAGUCAAUCCAAAGUAGUAACUUAAUGGUUUCUGGUACCCUGAUUCCCAGAAUAAUAGAGUUCUUUGGACUUGGGGACAUAAGUAGUAAUUUAAAAAAAAGAAAAGGGAAAAAAUUUAUUCCCCAUUGGGAAAGAAAAGCUCAAGUUGGAUUUUUAUUCAUUGUGGUGCAAGUUUCAAUUUUUCUUGCAAAUAAUUAUUUUAUAUACUGUGUGAUGUAAAAUAUCAGAAUUUUUCAGAAACAAUAUGAUUUUCAUGAAGAGAGUAGGAAAUGAAAUGCUGCAGUGCUGAAAGGAGUAUAGGAUUCUGUAAUUAGCAGCAUGUAUUUAAGAGCAUUUUGUAGACUUAAAUUCCCAACCCCCAAAAUGUUGUUGGAGGUUGCUACUAUUAAGGAGAGAAAGCAAAUAAAAAACUUAGAUUAAGUUUUUGCUGGUUAUAUUCUUAUGCUUGUUCUGAAGCUCAUAGGAAUUGGAAUUUUUUUGUUUAGAAAGUUAAAAUGUUGCAGUUCACUUUUUAAGAUAGCUUGGAAGUGUCAAAAACAUUAGUUCAUAAAUGUUCAGAAUUGAACUAAAAUUAACGCAUGUUAUUUUCUAGUUACAUAAAGGCUAACAAUGGAUGAAAUUUGGAAAAAUAAAAUUUGUAAUAAUAAUGGUGACUUUAUGUGUAACAAAGCUUUUAAUAUUGGCACAUUUACUUGUAAUACAAGAAUGCCAGAAUAGGAAAUAAUUGGGUAAAAUUGACAUGCCACUUUGAAAGUUUAAGGUCUUUCUGCCAUAAUUGUCUUGAGCACUUUUUUUAGAUUCCUAAUCUUUCUGUCAUUUAACUUAAGAAUGAGAGCCAUGAUGUGUUGACCUGUGAGGCAAGCAAAAUACAAAAGUGGGUAGCUCAAAGCCCAUAGCAGACUUUUCUAUUAAAUUUUGUAAAAUUUUGUUUCAUAGCUAAUUAUGUCCUAAUUAUAUUUUGCGCAUCCAGACAGGAACAAAUACUGUAGCAUUGUAGUUAUCUUACAUUUUCUGGUAUAUAUACAAAAUUAAUAACUAAUAAGUUAUCAAACUACUUUUCAGUGUUUGUGGAAACCAUUAGUUAACAAGGUGCCUAUAACAUUGUUUGGUUUUAUUUAACUAUGUUUUGACUACAAAUUUGCUAUGUUAAAAAAAUGAAAAACUACACCAGCAGCUUGCUAAAGAUACAGAAUCACGUUUAGCAUCCUUCAUCAGGUCAGUUUCACCUAUAUGCACUUAAAAGCUAGUGUUAUUCAGGCUAGGGGAGAUAGCUGAAGUAAAGUGUUAUUUGUGAGGAGUUUUCACAGAUAAAAUGAAAGAUGUUCUUCACUUGCAAUAUGGCAACAAUGCACUUUUAAAAGCUUAAUUUUAGCUUUGAAUAUUUAUCUCCAAAGACCUAGCUUACACAGGUGCUGCAUCUGGAAAGUAGAGACAACUGUUGCCACAUACACUGCCAUAGUGAAUGGAUGUGAGACAAAAUUGACCAAAUAAAAACAUGACAGAUUGUAAAUCACAUUUCUAAUAAGUUUCAAUGAAAAACUAAUACAGGUUUUUUUUCUGUUCCAAUGAUUUAAUGAAGAUCUGCAUAUAAAUUCUCAAGUCUUCCAUAUUUUUCAUUACACAGGUGGUCUCCCUCGUUUUUGUUGACCUAUAUAUCUCUUGCUUGUUUUGAGCAUGAGUAAAAUGUUCCAAAAUGAACAACUGUUAGCUUUCUUGUUUUCACUUUAAUAUGUAAAAUUUAGUAUGAUAUGAUAAAAUUUAGAAACAUGAUCUGAAUAGUCAGAAAACCUUUUACAUUAGGAUGUUAUUUUUCCUGUAAAGUGCAAAUUCUAACAAUUCAGUUUGGGCGAGAGAUUUGCUAGUUUUACAGAAAGAUUUACUAUCUUAAACUGUGUUUUUUCUAUUUUUACGUAAAUGACUGGGAUGCUAUCUUGUAAAUUAUUCAAACGACUUGGUGAAAUAAACAGUACAUGAAAGCCUUCCUGUCAUAUACAUUAUAUGUAGUCUGGAGUAUUGAAAAAACUUGAGUUACUAGGUUGUAAUCUAUCUAUGUAUGGUAUUUACAAUAUUGAAUGUGUGCCACUACAUACUGAAAUAAUAAUGCUGUACAAUUUUGAAUGGUAGCAGUUUCCGUAUGGCAGUUGGCUGAACUAUUUUGAUGUACUGCUUAAUUUUUGAAUUUUAUUUUUUAAGUUGUAUAAUUUAUUUUCUUGCAAAAUAAAAAAAAUGUAAUACAAAAGA